AUGGACUGGUCAGCUCGCUACAAUGCACAGUUGAAUUGUAAGACGAAAAUGAUGAAAUUGUGCAUUCCAGGAGAGGCAACCCUAAAAUUGGAUGUAAGGGGUAGAUUAGUCUCAUCUGCUCUUAUCUCUGGAAUUCGAGUUAGAAAAAUAUUGAAUAAGGGAGCUCAAAGAUAUUUGGCCUUUCUUAUAAAUACUCCUAGUGAUAAGGUGAGAUUGGAAGAUAUGCCCGUAAUAAAAGAGCAUCCGGAUGUUUUUUCGAAAGAAUUAGAGUCUUUACCUCCAGAAAGGGAAAUAUUUUUUAAGAUUGAUGUGACUCCGGGAGUAGCACUUAUCUCCAAGACGCCAUAUAGAAUGGCUCCAACUGAAUUGAAAGGGUUGAAAUUACAGUUGCAAGAUUUGUUAGAACGAGAUUUUAUCAAAGAAAGCUUAGCAAGGUAUUACCAGAGAUUCAUCAAGGGAUUUUCUAAGAUUGCUGGACCCCUAACUGAGUUGACUAAGAAGAGUGGGAAAUUUAUAUGGAGUCUGAAAUGUGAAGAAAAUUUUCAAGAGUUAAAGAGAUGGUUGACGAGAGCACCAGUGUUAGCUUUACCUAAUGGAAAGGAUAGCUUUGUGGUAUAUACAGAUGCUUCCAAAGAAGGUUUGGGGUGUGUAUUGAUGCAGGAUGAAUGUAUCAAAGAAGCUCAGGAGAAGGACAUUGAAGUGCAAAAGUGGCUGGAGAAAGUUAGUAAAGGAGAAAAGUCAGAUUUUAACCUAAGAGUAAAUGGCGUGCUAAGAUCUCGGAAUCGUAUAGUGGUGCCAAAUGACGAAGGGCUUAAGAAGAAAAUUUUAGAAGAAACAUACCGAUCUAAGUACAAGUUCUGGCAAAACAUGCAAGAAGUGUUGGGGACUAAAUUGAAUUUUAGCACUACCUACCAUCCUCAGACUGAUGGACAAUCGGAGAAGACGAUUCAGACUCUUGAGAACAUGUUGAGAACCUGUACUUUGGAUUUUGGAAAGAGUUGGAGGAAUGUGGCUUAUAAGUUGGAAUUACCGCCAUGUCUAUCUCGGAUCCAUAGUGUUUUUCACGUAUCCAUGCUCAAGAAAUAUCAUCCAGAUCCGUCUCAUGUCCUACAACCGGAAAAUCUUGAGAUUGAUGAAGCACUGACCUAUGAGGAGAAACCGAUAAAGUUUCUAGAUCGUAAGGUGAAAGAAUUGAGGAAUAAGCGAAUUCCAUUGGUGAAAGUUCUAUGA